UUCAGACAAGACCGUGUCUUUAAAAACAAACAAUCGAAAUUGGCAGCCACCACAAACAAACGUGUAAUCAUCGGAAUCUCAAUGUCGGAAAAUCGCGCACUCCAGCGAGCCAAUAUCCUCGCCAACCACAUCCUCCGAUCGCCUCCUCUUCCCUCCUCCCUCUCCCUCGCGCGCGAGGUAUGUCUCCAGUACUCUCCUCCGGAGCUCAACGAGAGCUACGGAUUCGACGUCAAGGAGAUGAGGAGACUGCUCGACGGGCACAACACGGAGGAUCGCGAUUGGCUCUACGGUCUCAUGAUGCAGAGCAACCUGUUUAACCGGAAGGAAAGAGGAGGGAAGAUCUUCGUGUCUCCCGAUUACAAUCAGACGAUGGAGCAGCAGCGAGAGAUCACCAUGAAGCGGAUCUGGUACUUACUCGAGAAGGGAGUUUACAGAGGAUGGUUGACGGGUUCGGGUCCUGAGGCUGAGCUCAAGAAGUUAGCUCUGCUCGAGGUUUGCGGGAUCUAUGAUCAUUCCCUCUCCAUCAAGCUCGGUGUUCAUUUCUUCUUGUGGGGUAAUGCUGUGAAGUUCUUUGGAACAAAGCGUCACCACGAGAAGUGGCUGAAAAACACCGAAGAUUAUAUUGUCAAGGGCUGUUUUGCAAUGACUGAGUUAGGCCAUGGCAGUAAUGUGAGGGGAAUUGAAACAGUGACUACUUAUGACCCAAGAACCGGUGAGUUUGUGAUAAACACUCCUUGUGAAUCUGCUCAGAAGUAUUGGAUCGGUGGUGCAGCUAAACAUGCAACCCACACAAUAGUCUUUUCACAACUUAAUAUCAACGGAACCAACCAGGGAGUUCACGCCUUCAUAGCUCAAAUUAGGGAUGAAGAUGGCACCAUAUGUCCUAACAUCCGUGUUGCCGACUGUGGACACAAAAUUGGAUUAAACGGUGUUGACAACGGCCGAAUCUGGUUUGACAAUCUUCGGAUUCCAAGAGAGAAUUUACUUAACUCGGUUGCUGAUGUCUCGCCUGAUGGAGAGUAUGUUAGUGCAAUCAAAGAUCCUGAUCAGAGAUUUGGAGCAUUCAUGGCCCCUUUGACCUCUGGUAGAGUCACAAUUGCAUCAAGUGCAAUUUAUUCUGCAAAGGUUGGAUUAGCUAUUGCUUUAAGGUACUCGCUUUCAAGAAGAGCCUUCUCUCUUACAGCCAAUGGUCCUGAAGUGCUCCUUCUUGAUUAUCCAAGCCAUCAAAGGCGACUGCUACCUCUCCUAGCAAAGACAUAUGCUAUGAGUUUUGCUGCAAAUGACUUGAAGAUGAUUUACGUGAAGAGGACACCUGAAACCAACAAAGCCAUACAUGUUGUCUCGAGUGGACUCAAAGCUGUUCUCACCUGGCACAAUAUGCACACGCUUCAGGAAUGCCGUGAAGCUGUUGGAGGGCAAGGUGUGAAAACAGAGAAUCUAGUUGGUCAACUGAAAGGUGAAUUUGAUGUGCAGACUACAUUUGAGGGUGACAACAAUGUAUUGAUGCAGCAGGUGAGCAAAGCACUGUUUGCUGAAUAUGUAUCGUGUAAGAAGAGAAACAAACCUUUCAGAGGGUUGGGAUUGGAGCACAUGAACAGUUCUCGUCCUGUAUUGCCAACUCAGCUCUCAUCUUCUACACUCAGAUGCAGCCAGUUUCAGAAAAAUGUGUUCUGCUUAAGAGAAAGAGAUCUUCUAGAAAGAUUCACUUCUGAAGUUGCGCAGCUUCAAGGGAGGGGAGAGAGUCGAGAGUCCUCUUUCCUCGUGAAUCAUGAACUUGCUGAGGACUUAGGUAAAGCUUUCACAGAGAAAGCAAUACUGCAAACUAUCUUGGAUGCUGAGGCCAAACUACCUGCUGGCUCAUCGAAGGAUGUGUUGGGUCUUGUGAGAUCAAUGUACGCAUUGAUCAGCAUUGAAGAAGAUCCGUCGUUCUUGAGAUACGGUUACCUCUCAAGGGACAACGUUGGAGAUGUGAGGAGAGAGGUUUCUAAGCUCUGCGGAGAGGUUAGACCUCACGCGCUUGCACUGGUUACUUCAUUCGGGAUUCCAGACGCGUUCUUGGGACCCAUUGCGUUCAACUGGGUCGAAGCCAACGCUUGGUCUUCAGUUUAGUUUCUACGAAUAAUAACCUCUUCCAAUAAUCCACGUCUGUGUUCUUUAAUAUUUUUUCUGAAAACUGUGGUUUUAUGCUCUUGGUAAUAAAACGGGGUAUGUAAUAUGUAUCCACGGUUUAGUCUUUUACCCAAACUGGUCCAGAUCAUAAUAUGGAGUAACUUUUAUUU